UGUUCUCAGUGAACAUGGCCUAAUACUUGUAACCGGGGUGUUCAGAGAUCUCCUUAUAGUUUCUGCAGCAGAACAACCAUCACGGAUCAGCAUCUGGAAACACUUAAGAAAUUGGCCGUCAUUCUGUGCUGUGCAGCUGAGGAGCUUCCACUCCCUCCAGAACCCAGGCAAGACUGAGAGGAGAACGUCUCAGCCUCGGACUUUGCUCGCCACUUUCUGGGAGGAAGAAGCCGCACAAUGAAAAUGCAGCCCUGGCUUGGAAGCAGACUCCUCCUCCUCCUGCUCCUGCCUCUCGCUGCCCUCCCGGACACCCAGUCUCUGGGCUCAGAGGAUCAGGCACUCAUGGGCUCUCGGGGACCAGUCGUAGUGAUCGUAGGGGCCGGGAUCUCUGGUAUUGCAGCAGCCGAGAAGCUGCACAAAAGUGGCUUAAAAAAUGUGAAGAUCCUAGAGGCUACAGUGAGAACCGGAGGCCGGAUCCACACUCAGAGUUUCGCAAAAGGCCUGGUUGAGAUUGGUGCACAAUGGAUUCAUGGACCAUCUCUGGGCAACCCGAUCUUCCAACUGGCAUCUCAGUUUGGUCUUUUAGGCCCAGAUGCCUUGCUUGAGGAGAACCAGAAAAUGUACUUUCACAAUUAUCCUCCCUCCACCCUAGUUAUCUACAGUAGUUCUGGAAAAAUAAUUAAUCCAGAAGAGCUAAAAAAUAUUACAGAGUUGUAUAACACCUGGAGGGAGGAAGCCCAGAAUUUCACCAGUGGCGUCUGCGAUCCUAAAGAUAGCGUGGGAAAUUUCAUCCAACAAAAGGCUUUAAACAGUUCACAGGAGUGGGACAAAGAACUUGCAGAAAAAAAUAUGGCUUACUUGAGAGCAAUGCUCAAUAUGGAAUGCUGUGCAUCAGCAGCCCAUAGUAUGGACUAUGUAGCACUCUGUCCUUAUGGGGAAUACACAAUACUUCCAGGGCUGGACUGCACCUUUCCUAAAGGUUUUGAAAGCCUGGUGAACCGCAUUAAGGCACCCCUUCCAGAUGGCACUGUGUUAUUAAACAAAGCAGUGAAGGGCAUUCACUGGAAUGGAUCUUUUCAUGGUGACAACUCUCAAGUGUAUCCUGUGAAGGUGCAGUGUGAAGAUGGUGAUAGCUUUUUGGCUGAUCAUGUCAUUGUCACUGUUCCCCUAGGAUUCCUGAAAAAGCGAUCUGUGGAUUUACUUAUCCCUCCUGUUCCACCAAACAAGAUGCAGGCUAUUAAGAAUUUAGGAUUUGGAACCAUGAAUAAAAUUUUGGUGGAAUUUGAAAAACCCUUUUGGGACCUAAACACUUCUCUAAUCCAACCAGUGUGGGAAGGUGAUUCUCCUCUUACAGAGCCAAAGAAAAACCUAAAGCAAAACUGGAUGAAAAAAAUUUCUGGAUUUGUGGUCCUGGAACCACCUGCACAGAUGGGGCAUGUUCUGUGCGGUUUCAUUGCUGGAGAAGAGUCUGAAUUUAUGGAAACAUUAACAGAUGAAGAAAUUUUCUCUUCAAUGACUGAUUACUUCAGGACAUUCACAGGGAAUCCUGAACUGCCUCCACCAAUCAGCAUUCUGCGUACUCAAUGGCAUAGUCACCCGUUCUCUGGUGGAUCCUACAGCUACGUAGCAGUAGGCAGCUCUGGUAUUGAUGUGGACAAUCUAGCAGAGCCACUACCCACAGACAAAGAAGCUGUCAAGCCGUUGCAGAUUCUUUUUGCUGGAGAAGCCACAAUAAGAAACUUCUAUUCAACAACUCAUGGAGCCCUCAUGUCUGGUUGGAGAGAAGCACAGCGCUUAAUUGACAAAUAUCCUGAAAUCGAGGUGACCAAUAGCAAAGCCAAGCUCUAAGAAAAAAGGCCAUCUGCAAACAAAACUGCAGCAAUAUAUUUAUAUUUUAUAUUUUUAUGCAUAUUUGUUAUUCAUUUACUACUUAUUAAAAUAAGUAGGACAUUUAUUCAAAUUAUUCAAUGAUUUACUUUUUUUGUGUAUUAUUUACUGUUCAGUAUAGUGGCAAAAUAAAUGCUUUUCUGUGUGCAUUUUUUUUUUUAAAUCAGGGGGUACUCUUAAAGGGGAAUUCUUAUCUCGGUAAACAUAUUUCAAUACGUCCCAUAGGAGUAUGAGCAUAUGUAAAUACAUAAAAGGAGAGAUCCAGCUAAAAUUAACUUGUCCCCUAUCCUGUGUAUAGGGAAUAAGUAGCUGAUCUGGUCCCAGUGUUCGGAUCCCCCACAAUCCCCUAAACAGGAACCUGUACUCAGUAAGGAGUGCGUGCUUCUGGGACCCCUGCGAUCUCUGGGACAGGAUCCCAACUCUCUCAGUGAGAAGCGUGU